AUGGGUGGCCCCCCCAGAAAGGCUCCUGUGAGCGCGGCAUUACGGCCAACGCGCUACCCCCUGCAGAUCUGGUGGGCCAUCGCAUGCUUCAUCGCGAUCAUUGCCCUCUUCCAGUUCGCCUCUUGGGUCGCCGUCAAGCUUCGGAGCCGCGGGGCCGCCAGAACGAAGGGUACGCCGUCCGUCGAUGCGGCUGAGGCUGGAGGGGCCGCGGGGCCGACGCGAGGCUUCGCGUUGCGCAACGUCCCUUCGGCGAUCGUCAACGCCUACCGUGUCGUCGCUUUCAGGUGGACGAUCACCGUUAAGCUCGGGUCGGUGUACACGCUCAACCUCGCCGAGGUGUUCGUCACCUGCGUGUACAUCAUCGCGCUCUUCACUUCGGAGUUCAUCUACACCACUAACCCCAGCACCGGGAAGAAGUGGGACCCGCUAUACACCGGCAACAGGGCUGGCGUUAUUGCGGUGAGCCAGUUCCCCCUCAUCACCGCUCUCGGCCUCAAAAACAACGUCAUAUCUUACGUUACGGGAAUCAGUUAUGAUAAGCUCAACUACAUCCACCGCAUGGCCGCCCGUGUUGUAUUUGUCAUGCUCUGGCUCCACGCUGGAAUCCGAUUCUACUUGCUCCGUCCCCAAGAGCUGGACGAGGACUGGUUCCGUCUCGGUCUGAUGGCACUUGUCGCCUUCACAAUUCUCAUGGCCGUCUCUCUCCGCCCCGUGCGGUCGCAGCAUUACGAAAUCUUCUACUUCGUGCACUUCCUCAUGGUCCUCAUCAUGCUCCUCGGCGGCUACUACCACGCCGAACGGUUCAAGCUCGGCAUGUGGAUCUGGCCGUCGUUCCUGCUCUGGGCCCUCGACCGCUUCGUGCGCCUCGCCCGCGUCGUGUACUACAACCACCUCUACUUCGGCUUCCACAAGACAGCGCACCGGCUCGACGCCUCCGUCGAGCUCCUCUCUCCGCACUUUGUCCGCCUCCACAUCCAGCGCCCCGCGCACUUCAGCUGGACCCCCGGCCAAACCGCGUUCCUCAUCAUGCCCACCGUCUCCUCCUUCCCACUCGAGGCCCACCCCUUCACCAUCGCGUCCGUCGACAGCCGCUACCAGCUCGAGGGCGCACCCAAGACGCCCAGCCUCCCCCCGAGCCCAACCACAGAAGACAAGGCGGCGGCGGCGGCGGACCCCGACGCCGCGCCGUUCUGGAAGGAGCUCGUCUUCCUCAUCAACAUCCGCGGGGGCUUCACGCGCCAGCUCGCGCGCGCCGCGCAGACCGGCGCGAAGGUCAAGGUGCUCAUCGACGGCCCCUACGGCUUCUCGCCCGACCUCGACGCGGACGACACCGUCGUGCUCGUCGCCGGCGGCUCCGGCGUCACCUUCACGCUCUCCACCCUCCUCGGCGUCCUCAGCCACGUCCAGACCGGGAGGAGCCGCUGCCGCCGCCUCCUCUUCGUCUGGUCUGUCCGCGACCAAGGCCACAUCGAGUGGGUGUCCACGGCGCUCGCGACGGCGCUGGAGCUCGCGCCGCCCGCGAUCGACGUCGCCGUCCGGUUCUUCGUCACCGGGCGCGGCGCGCCCGCCGCGUCCGAGGCCCCCUGGGGCGAGGGCGAGGGCGAAGGCGAGGACGAGGACGACUCCGCGCGCUCCUCGACGUCCGCGGACAGCGCCGCCGAGAAGCCCCCCGCCCCCGGGAAGCCGUCCCGCGCCACCGCGGCGCUGCUGCUCCAGCACCCCGCGGUGCGCACCGCGCGGGGCCGCCCGGACCUCCGCGCGCUCCUCCGCGAGGAGGUGGACGGGAGCCGCGGGCGGACGUCCGUUACCGUGUGCGGCUCGCAGGGGAUGGCGCGGGACUGCCGCGCGGCGCUGCGCGUGCCGCUCGCUCGCGCGCUCGCCGGCGGCCCCAGCGUCGUCCUGCACGUCGAGUCGUUCGGGUACGCGUGA